AUGUCACGCGAUAGUGGCUGGCCCGCAGGACAACGCCUCGAUGACCAUCGUGCGACCACUACUAAGCCCUUCAACUUGCCAAUGCGCCCAGUCUCUCAGUGGGAAGACACUCGUGAUCGUACCAGCGAACAGCUCCACGAGUCUGCCAUGUACCAGUUUGGCCUUGCGAAAGGCCCCAUCACAUCUGCAUCGGUCACUGGCCCCACCAAGAUGCGUGGAACCUCUGCCUCUGACCCGUUCGAGGCCGUUCACCGCAAGUGGGAGGAGCGCGGUUGGCUCAUUCAGAAGCACGAGCGUCGCCUCAGGGACAGCAAUAAGCUGCUAUCCAAGAUGUGGCGCCGUCUUGAUCCAUACGGCCGCGUCUUCGAGCUUCUGAAUAACAACCCCACUGUUCGGCGCCAUGCUGAACGACGUGCUGAGCCCGCGUUCAGCGAGAACCACUCCGUUCAGGAAAUCUUCUACCAGCUGGCGGCAUACGACUAUGUCCAUGCCAUCGAGCCCGGCUUUGCUAUGCCGCCCUCCGCACCCCACCUAGACCCUGCCUUGACCGAGAAGCGCCUAAACAGUCUUGCUAGCACUGUCAAGAUCCAAAGUGGUCUGCUGCAAGAGAAGAACGACACGAUCGAAAAGCUACGGGCCCAGCUCGAGACCCUGCGUCGCUCCCAUCUGCAGCAACUUAGUGCACACCAGAAGGAUAAGGACGAUGCUCUCGACCGUCUAGAGAAGCAGUUGAAGAAGGCCAAUCUCAAACUCUCACGCGCACAUAUCGCCUCUCAACAGCCACCCAUGCCAAAGCCUGUCGCAGUUCCUCGUGCUCCACGCUCACGUCCUUUCCAUGCUCCAGUCGCGAAGGCUGCUGCUGCGAAAGAUCCCAUUGUGAAGGUAUGUUAA